CCGGGGAACCCACUGCUACGUGUCCCGCCGGUAGAACCUCUCUCUCCCCUCUGUCCUGUCCUUCAGAGAACAAGCGCUACCUGACAUAAGAGGAGAUCCGCGCGACCCCGACCGCAGGGCUGCAGAACCCUAACGCCCCACGCCAUCUCUGUGUGCAGGGGGAUGUGAGGGGAAUAAAUUGCCGGCGGGCAGGGGGAUGUGUGGGGAAUAAAUUGCCGGCGGGCAGGGGGAUGUGUGGGGAAUAAAUUGCCGGCGGUCGGGCUAAGAAAGGUGACGUCGUGCGCGGGAGGUUAGCUUCAGCCUUCAGCCGUUAUUUCAUGCUUUUUUUGUGCUGGAGGUGGUCCUCGCUUGCUUCUCAAGAUUGCCAACGUAGAUCUUUAGAUCUUUCGCCGUCGGAGCAUGGAUAGCUCUGCCACACUGGGCCCCAUGGAAGCCUCAGAAACGGUUCUCGGUAUUGUCAACGACACUAGCUGACGUCAACGAGGCAGCUUUCGGCAAGAGAGGGGAGGUGCACGGUGCAAGCAUAGUUUGGUCGUGUGUUGCUUUUGAUUGAUAUUUCUGCAGGUCUUUAUGAAGAUCAACAACGGUCAGGCUUGUGGAUGCGCCCAGGCCUUUAUGUGCAGCCAUUUUGUCUGGUGCGGUCAUUUUGAUUUGAUUGGAUUUGAUUGGGCUUGAUUCGGCUAGCGUUUAGUCGAUUUGAUUUUUUUUUUUGGUUUUAUUUCAUUUGGUAAUGAUUUGUGUUUCGAUUCGUGUUUGAUUUGAUUCGAUCCUUUUCCGCUGUUCGGAAUACUUUUUUAAGUUUUUAUCAAAUUUAAGUUUUUAUAAAAUUUUAUGUUCUUUUGUUAGUGUAGUUGUAAGAGCUAGAUAUCUGCGGGAGGAGUUGGUUCAUUCAGGUUGAUUGCCUUUUUUUUUUUUUUUUUUGACUUGAGAUUCAGUUGUUAUUCUUCGGCGUGAUUGGUCGGACUGGAGAAGUGAGGGGGGGGGUCGGGGGAGGGAGGGAAAGAGAGAAGACCGUGGGAGGAGGAGGAGGAGGAGUGAGAAAAACAAAGAGAAAAAGAAAAAGGUGGAAGACGGUAUGGCAGAGCCCCAGGUAAGCCGAUCUCCAUGUGAAAGCAUGGCCAGCCAAGUGAAUAUGGACGGACAGAGAGACGUGGGGAUGGUGGAUGUUAAGCGCGAGGUAGACAUGGCAGAAAUUGACCGUGCCGAGCUUGAGGAGUCGGUGAUGGACGUCUGCCGCCAAUCUCCUGAGGGGGUGGAUCUCCUGGUCUCGUCAUUUGUGCAGUCAUUGCGAAGCUAUCGCAGACCAACUGUAUGUGCGCCUUUCCCAACAACAUUCUUUCGCAAAGGAUCUGAGCAAGUGGAGAAGGAUUUCUUUGGAGCCGAGAAUUGCGUCGCACAUUUCCCGCGAAUCGGAGCUAUAGCGGCUGCCGCAAGAUUAACGAGAGCUGAGUCAAAUGAAGUCGAUGGGCGAUCACAACAAGGUCAGCAGCAAAAUGCAAAUCGGAAUCCUCUGCAGUGUCUUCCACUGAGGGCCCUCUAUCUCCUUCAUUGGAUCGUCACAUGCAGGCGCCGUCUCCGGCUUGUUGAGGACCCUGCGUCGGAGAUUGCGCACAUGCUUCCCCCUGGAACAUCUCCUUGGGCUUUCUCGUCUGCAGGCGCAAGCCAAUGGUUGGGCAGUGCCGUUCCACAUGUAGUUCUCGAGGUUGCUCCUCCAGACGUAGUGCAGCCAUUCGACCUAGCAAAGGCGCAGAAUGGAAGUUUCAUGGCAUACCACGGAACCUCGGCAGAGAACCUUCACAGUAUCAUCAGAUGUGGUCUGCAGAACAUGAGUGGGACACCACUGCAGAGGACAGGUGCGGCAUUCGGUGAGGGCAUCUAUCUUUGCGUCGAUCCGACGGUGGCACUGAACUACUGUUCUGCUGGCGAAGGAUGGGAGCGAUCGUGCUUCGGACCGCGGGCAAGGUACCUUCUUGUGUGUGAGGUCGCUAACGGUGUCGGAGUGAUGCAAGGACAAAAUGAUACGGAGAGCGCAUGUGCAAGGGUGGACGAGUCUGGUGACGAUUCUCGGCACCCUCCCCGUACGUACAUCGUUGCCCGCAAUGGGGAUAUGGUGCGGUUAAGGUACUUGCUUGUGUACAGCGAACCGUCACGGUGCUCAUCCAAGCAGAAGGUGGGGGGAAGCUUAACGCAGUUUCGGAGAAGAUUUGGCGGAGUGAGGACGUCGAGGGAGGGAGGAGGGAAUGGCUUCGCUGGCGGAAAUGGACCCGACGGGAUGUCAGGUGUUGUCUUUGAUCGGGCAUCUGGUGAUGACGUUAAUGGAGACGACGCCCCCGGUUAUGAUGCUUCAGGGGUGCCCAUUCCCGUGUCAGCUCCACGGACCGACUGGUGUAAGAUCAUCAUCUUCGCAUACAUCGCCCUCCUUAUCGCUGUCGGCUUUUGGAAUCAAUCGUCUCGACACCAUGGGUUGUCGCACUUCUUCUACCACCUCAUGUCAUAAGAGAUGGACCAGCUCGAGAGAGGUGUAACCACGAGGACGUCUUCCGGUCAGUUGACCAAAGUUUGUGAGGCUUGUGCAGCAUAAAUGUAAGAUCCCUGUAAAAAGAUAAAAAAUAAAAAAGAUGCUCGAUCUUUACUCGAUGCCAGGUGCCGAUGCAUCUCCUCUCCCAGCUCGCGUGAUGAAGUGAAGAAGGGGAGGAAGGGUGUAUACCCUCACGAAGCCUGUCGUUGAGAAAAAGGUUAGGCAAGACCCGGGAGAAAUGACGGUAAUGCCGUUGCCAGUGCUCUGGCUGGCACAUUCUGUGUAUAUGAUCAAAGCUUUGCAACAACUGUUCUCUGUAGGGAAGAGGUGAGUCAUGCCAGGUAUUUGGAUUUGUUUCUCCGUUGUCUGAAGUGCUUGAUUGGUUUUUGGUAGGUGUUCUGGCGGGCGUUGAUUUGAUGUGUUGAUUGGUGGAUUGGUGGAUUGGUUGAUUGGUUGAUUGGUUUGAUUGGUUGGUUGGUUGAUUGGUUUGAUCGGUUGAUUGGUUGAUUGGUUUGAUCGGCUGAUUGGUUGAUUGGUUUGAUUGGUUUGAUUGGUUGGUUUGGCUGGUUUGCUGUCACCAUCUUGAAGGGAGAAGACGAGUGACGUAGAUGCUCUCUGGAUUGGUUGUGCAAAUCGAUUAGAGAUCUAUGUUGAUUUUUUUUAAUUUUUUUUUCAGGGUUGUAUGUUGAUUUCUAAGUUUGGUUGUCUUGUCUUGGGUUUAAUAAAAGGCAAUAAAUAACAGGAAAUGCAGUCCGAGGCUGGUUGGUUGACAGGACUUAAAUCAUCAUUUGACUGAUCUGAGAUCUCAAUGUAUGUACGCUCUUUUCUGCCUCUGUUCAGACGACGCACUGUCUUCUGUGCCUUGCAUUUUUCCAGCCACGUGCAUGAUCCCCUAUCUUUCGCACUUUCCUCCCUUCGACCCCAGCUUGCUCCGUUUACUCUUUGGAGCCACAUUC